AUGAAUGAUCCCAACAAAUAGAAGGAUUAGGGAAAAUAAAACAGAUAAGAAAGUAUUCUCUAGUAUGUUAACCCAUCUAAAAUUUUAACCUCAUUCUUGGAUAUUCAGAAAAAGAAUGAGAAAAAAGUAAAUGAAUGUAUUUAGAGAUAAAGAAUGCCUGAGUAUAAUGAAGAAGAAAAAGCAAAAAAACCAAAAAAGAAAAAAAGAUAAAAGAAGCAAAAUUAGAAGGAAGUUAGAAAAUAGGUGAUAUAAGUGCUGACAACUUAAGAGAAGGAGCUGAUGAAAUUUAAGCAAAUUGUUUAAGCUAACCAGAGUAAAUCGCUCGAUCACGAGAGGAUUAAGCAAUCUCUUUUUUAUUUCAUGAAUAAUAACUUAACUCUCGAAAGAUUAGAACUUGACUCUAAUAUAUCUGAAUAAGACUUUUAGCAAUUGAAGUACUUGUCUCCCAAGAAUAAAGCUUAGUUUGCUAUAAUUGAAAUUGAAUUUUUAAGGCUUGGACAGAGUAUUUGGAAAACAUUUGUGAUUGGCAUUUUACCUGUCAUUAUCCUGCAUGAAGUAGAUUAAAAUGGUAAAAUUAGACUUAUAAAGACUAGAAUUUAACUACCUAAUGUUAGACACUUCGCUUGGACUACUAACGAUAAGCAACAAUUGUUUCUCACUGGUGGGUAAAAGUGUUAUGAAAAGACAUAUUAUGGUGUGAAAGAUAAUUAGGGUUUUGAUUUUAAACUUUCAAAUGAUUCAGACAAAAUAAUGAUAAAUAAGAUAAGUAAUGUCCCAAAACUAAAUCAUCCUAGAUUUGGACAUAGUUGUUUCUACUUUAGAGAAAGACUCUAUGUAAUAUUUGGUAGGAAAAAGUAGUAUAAAGUUGGAAGAGUGAAGUAUGAUAAGUAUUCGCUAUAUCACUUAAGUUUUGAAUUUUGGGAUACAAGAGAAACCCCUGAAUUUUUCACUGAGCAAAUUUUGAAUUAUCCACUAGAAGUAGAAAAGCAAAUGCUCUUCCAGAUACCUCAAACUGAUUAAUUCUAUUUCUUUGGUGGUAUUGAGCCUGAUUAAAACAAUAAAUUGGAGCAUAAGAGUAGUCUCUAUAGUCUCAAAGUGACUGAAACAGAAGUAAUUUAAGAAUAAUUGCAAAAUAUUAAGGAACAAAAUAUUGAUCAAGAGAAUAGCUAAUAAAUCAAAGCGUUAUAUGCUCAUGAAAAAAGAAAGAAGAAGUAUAGAUCUAAGAAGGAAGACGAUUUUAAACAAGUUAUAGAUAUUGAAAUUUAGAUAAUGGAUGAAUAAUUAUAAUUUAAGGGCAACCCAUAGUUUCACAGUUCCUUAUAAAACAGAAUAUGCUCUCAGGAUGGAAUGAAAUGGGCUUUUGUUGAUCUUGAUAAUUUCAAGCACUUUUUGGACUUGAAAGAAAAGAGGAUAUUUUAUGAUGAUACAGUAAGAUUGUAAGAAGAUGAAGAGGCUAAUGAUGAUUAGAAUAUUUAAGAUUUAAACUAUAUUGGUAUCUUUGAACAAGAUCGUGAUGAUUAAGUUAAUUGGAUAGUUGACUAUAAUAAUGGCAUAACGAAGCUGGAGCCGACCGAGGAAUUGGAUAGGAAAGAUAUUUGA